AUCUGGCCGACGCCGCUAAAAGGUGGCGGCCGCGCGCGGCCCGUCAGUACCGGCGCAGACACACACGGGAGCAUGGGGUCGGCGGUGGUGCGCGGGGCGGCCGGCGCGCUGGCGGUGCUGACUGUGAUGGCGGUGUCGGUGGAUCUGAUCCAGGGCCGGGCGGCGCCGCGGCGGCAGCUGCCCCUCCACCUGCUGUCCGUGGCGGCGGCGCUCAGAGACGUGGAGGCCACGCUGGCCGGCGAGGCGCAGCAGCUCUCCAGAGAGGCAGCAGCUCUGUCCGGCGGAGCUGCCCGUGACGCGGAGCUGCCUGGUGACGAAGGGACGCUCAGUGGCGCGGCAGCGGUCCCCAGCGGCGCAGCAGCGGUCUCCAGUGGCACCGAAUCUUUCUGGGACGACCAGGAGGACCGUACCGAGGACUCGCCCCUGGAGCGGCCGCCGAGGCCCGCCGUGGACUCGGCCGAGUUUGCCGAGUACAGCGGACGCACCUCGCGGCCGCGUCGCAGCAAGAAGGGCCGCCGCCGCGGAGGGCUCCGGCUGGGCCGGGAGGAGUACCAGUUCUGGCUGCGGAGUGGAGAAUGUCGUAAGACGACCAACGGCGAGGAGCAGUUCUUUUGCCCGAGCCCGGACAGCAGCGGCGCCUGGAGGUGUACCACCGCCGACACCCUGUGCGACGGAAAACGCGACUGUCCCGGCGGCGAGGACGAACACGGCACCGCCUGCCUCUUCUACAAGGCGAUAUCGGACCAGUUGUCAACGGUAGCCAACCACGUGCUCAAGCUGAACACACACCACCGGGCGCACUGACGUUCGGCGCGACGCGGUGACGUCGAUGACGUGCGGCGCGGCGCUGAUGACGGUCCGUCAUCCGCCAGCUGCCAGUCACAGCACGGCCACCGCAGCAUAAACCGAGUCAGGAUCUCGAAAGUAGAAUCUUUCAGAUUGCGCUGCUGAAGUGGGCGGACACGCCUGUUUCCCGACCGCCGGCGGUAUGGGGACUGUGAUGACGGGGCAGUGGUGUUCGUAGCGGCCUUUUUCGCUGUUAAACGGCAUUUUUGGAGGUUAGCUGUGACUGAGGACAUUUCACGAGGACACCACCGCUAGACCUUCGCUAGACAUUGUUCCGGAGCUUAUGUCUUCCAACAAUUUCCGAGAUCAAUUUAUGGGAUGCUAUAACCAGUUUCGAACAACCAUGAGCUAUUUGUCCACCAGAGUGUUCAUGUCGCGUCGUUGCCAAAGUCCAUUCAAUGUUGCAAGGCUUGCAGUGUAUUGCAACUUCCUUGCGUCAUCUUGUUAGCUUGUACUUGCAUUAUUUAUUCGUAUCACAAUCGCCGAGCAUAUCAUAUCAUUGUAUCAUAUCAUUCUCAUGUUUUAUCUAUUUAAGUUGCUAUUUAUUAUCUUUUCGAGUGUUUGUGCAUUGAAAUGCAAUCAGUGACGAUGACAUGAUCAAAAUACACUAUUCUCCUUUUGAUA